CUGCGCGUAACCACAGGAGUCCUCGCGGAAGUGACGGAAAGGCGGCGAUGGCGGCUCGCAGUUUCAUUCCGGAUUUGCACUGGACUACAAACUGAUUUUAACCGGACCGGUCACACUUUGGGGAACUUUUGUGAAGCUGUCUCUCGUCGGACGCCGCACAGAGUGAAGUCGCACUGCAUCGGCACUUGACAACGAGCGGCCCCACAGCUUUUUGGGGGGUACUUUUGUCCUGGGUUCAAGGUGGUCACCCUGUCGAGCUAACGUUAGCUUGGUGGCUAGCAGCUAACGUUACUGGGUACACAGCUAGCACCUCAGCUAGCUUGUCAACGAGCUGCGUGCUAAGGUCCAUACAGCAGCAGCACCUUGUCGUCUGACCACGUCUUGUCUUUCAGACUUACAAUGAAAAUAUCCUCUGUUUAACGCUAAUUGUGCCACAAGUGUGCAGAGCGAGGUCCUCACACACGUUUGCGUGGCCCUAUUUUGAAUUGCUAGUUUGGCGGCUGUGGCUAAAGACGGAUUUUGACUUUAGAUUCAUCACUAGCCCUAGCAGGUUCCUUGCCAGUAAUUGUCCCGACAACUUCGGGCAAAAGGCGUGCUAUCAGCUGAGAAUUGAAGUUGCUGUGGGGGUCUUUGCGUGCUCGUCAACAUGCUGAAGACCCGGCAGUGUUUACUUGGCAUCCGCACUUUUCUCGGCGUAACGUCGAGAAUAUGGGGCUUCAUCAUGUACAUCCUCAGGAAGCACCUACGAACGAUAAUCCAGUAUCAGACGGUGCGAUACGACACUUUGCCUCUGUCACCUAUUUCCAGAAACAGACUGAAUGCAGUAAAGAGGAAGAUUCUGGUUCUGGACCUGGACGAGACCCUGAUCCACUCUCACCAUGACGGGGUCCUCAGACCCACAGUGAGACCUGGCACGCCGCCAGACUUCAUCCUCAAAGUCGUCAUUGACAAGCACCCAGUCAGAUUCUUCGUACAUAAAAGGCCACAUGUUGAUUUCUUUUUAGAAGUGGUGAGCCAGUGGUACGAGCUGGUGGUUUUCACAGCCAGUAUGGAGAUCUACGGCUCAGCGGUGGCAGACAAGCUGGACAACAACAGGAAUAUCCUGAAACGCAGAUACUACAGACAGCAUUGUACAUUGGAUUUAGGUAGUUAUAUUAAAGACCUGUCUGUAGUACACGAUGACCUGUCCAGUAUUGUCAUCCUGGACAACUCGCCUGGUGCUUAUCGUAGCCAUCCAGAUCAACCUUGUGAUGAGGCAGGAAGAGGACAAAUAACUGAGCAGCUUAUUCCCACUACAAGGCUUGUACUACAAUGCAAUACCCAUCAAGUCCUGGUUCAGCGACCCUAGUGACACAGCACUUCUUAACUUGCUGCCUAUGCUGGAUGCACUAAGGUUCACUGCUGAUGUCCGCUCCGUCCUCAGUCGAAACCUCCACCAGCACCGGCUCUGGUGAUUGGCUGAUUUGAGAGAGGCGGGGCUUGUUGACCAGCCUCUUCCUCUCUGCCGGCUUCCAUCCUGCCCUCCAUUCCCACACAGACGACCCACCAGCCCUCUCUGAGCCUCUCAGACGUGUCCUGGGGAGAUGAGGGUUGGGGUGACCGCCUAACACGGGAUGAACAGUAUGGGAUCACCAGAGCCCAGAAACUACUGAGGAGGGGAGGGGGGGGGGCCAGCUUGUUUUGUUUUUUUUCCUCUCUUUUUUUUUCUUGAUUCUUUAGUUGUAUUUUUUUUUUCCAAAACAAAACGGAGCCUCUCUGCCUUAUCGCUCCAGAUACUGUGUGCGUAUGGAGGUGAGCUUGUGUACGUGAGUCGGAGUAUGCUUGAUGAGUUUGUCAGUCCUUUUUAAACUUUUUGACAACCGGGAGGGGGGAAAGAGGAGGAUCAGCUAAGCUACAAAGACAAUUCUACAUUAUUAUUUCUUCUUCUUCUCCAUCGUCACCAGACAUUGCACUUAAGCAGACAACUCAUCAAUUUACUGUCUUAACCUCUCGGGGCAACAGAGUAGGGUAAAAUAGAAAAACGCCCCUUUUUAGGUCAACAUCAAACUCCAAGGGUGAUUCAUUUAUUCCUGAGGUAUGUUUUUUUCCUAAAGAAGAAUGGAUCAACUUAAACGGUGUAAUUGAUGGACUUUUGCUUGCAACAUACCAUCCACAGGUAUUUUUCUGGACAAAUAGCCACGCAGCCUGAUUUUUUGUUUGUUUUUGUUUUUUUCUUGUCCCUUCAGCCAUAACCAUCACUCUUUCCCCAAAGCUCUUCAUGGAACUCUGUGAUAAAGACGACUGAGAAAUUGUUAGAGGAAAAAAAAAGAAUGGCUUGUGAUGAUAUGUGGACUGCCGUGCCACCUUUCCAUAUCUGAUUGUUUCUCUAUUAUAAUAUAUGAUAAUAUGACUUCUGCAUACCAUGACAUUUUGCUCGGCCCCUUUUGCCAUUUGAUGCCAUCCUGAUUACAUCUAAUAGGAAUUCCUCCCUUCUGUUUUUUGUUGCAGUCGGUUUUGUAUUUGAUUCAAAUUUGCAGCCCCCUUUCAGUUUUCACCCACUCCGCUUACUGUAUGGGUUCAACUAUUAGACCCUCCGUCUUUAAAUGCCUUCUGAACAAUGUCAGUCUUGUCAAGGCUCACAGCGGCUUCUUAUUGGCUCUGUCUCCAGGUCUGUGUUACUAAUAAAACACUUGUCAGUAUCGACCAGUAACUA